AAGAAACAUUGGUUUGUAUUGGCUGGUAAUUCAUUACACUACUAUAAAGAUGCCAAGGCAGAAGACGCUAAUAACCUGGAUGGUAGAAUUGAUCUGUCCACUUGCUACGAAGUCUCAGAAGUUAAUCUUCCUAGAAAUUAUGGUCUUAAAAUUAAGACAAGAAAUGGAGAAUAUCAGCUGGCAGCUAUGACUUCUGGGAUUCGCAACAAUUGGAUGAAAGCUCUGAGA